GUGAAUAUAGGAUUUGGGAUUCUGUAUGGUUUGACCUUCUUUUUUGCCAAUUUUGGACCCAACACAACCACGUUCAUACUUCCAGCGGAGCUGUUUCCGGCAAGAUUCAGAUCGACGUGUCACGGAAUCUCCGGGGCAAUGGGAAAAGUGGGUGCGAUUAUUGGGACUAUUGGGUUUUUAUGGGCAUCAAAGAAACGUCCAGACUCGCCCGAUUAACCCUAUCCUGAUAGGAUGAGAUGGGCAUUAGUGUCGUUGGGGUUCGUGUGUCUUUUGGGUGCGGCAGUGACGUAUUUCUUCGCGCGGGAAACCAGAGGUAGAUCCCUAGAGGAUAAUGAGAUCGACAAUGACGAUGAUGGUCAUGUGGAAUUGUCUGCCUCCGGCUCCCUGCCUUCGGAUCAGGUCCAGCCUCGAGCAUGUGCUGCAACUGCCUAGAUAAAUACUUAGUGGAUAUCAAUAUCCUUGUAAACUAGUACCAUAGAAAAAAAAGUGUUUAUAUGCUAAGUUUUUAAAAUAUUAAAGAAAAAUAUUGUAA